AUGGCUGUUGGACGUCGACUCCCAAGUGCUGCCAGCGAGGAAUCCGAGGUGGACAUCGAGGUAGCGGAGGACGCAAAGGAGACGAGCGAAGAAGAAGACGAGGACGAAGAAGAGCUUGAACCAGAAGACGAAGAAGAUGCAAGCCAGGACGAAUUGGAAGACGAUUCAGAAGAGGAAGAGGAAGAACAACUGCCACGACCGUCCCUCAAAAUCAAGCUAAAACUUGGUGCAGCACCAGUCCCCAUCCCACAACCACCAAGAAUAAAAGCGCCUCCAGCAAGAGCGCCUCCAACAAGAGCACCUCCAGCAAGAGCGCCUCCAGCAAGAGCUGCAAGAAGACCAGCCCUCGUUGAUGUCGAAUCUGAAGACGAGCAAGAAGACUCUGAUGAUGACGAGGUCGACGACAGUAUGACAGGGCUUGCGAGCGGCAGACUAACAGCACGACAAGCCGCACUUGCUGGCGGAUCCGUAACCCAGAAUUCGCCGAUUGCGAUGGCACUGCCCGAGCCACCGAGUCGUAAACGUGCCGCUUCACCAUCACAAGUUGCCCUAAGGAAGGAGGAGAAUGCAAGGAAAAGGAAGAACAAGAUUGAGAAGAAACUCGAAGACGAGAAACUCGAAACUAUCAACCGUCUGCUGAAGAAACAAUCGCGACCAAAGGGUAAACGUGGACCUGCGCCAGCUGCGGCUUCAGUCACAGCGCCAGCGACCGCUGCCCAGUCUGACGAGGAGAAAGACCGCGAUGUUGAAAUUGAGCAAGGAGACGAGGAAAUUCCUCCAAAUUCACCAGUGGAGCCAUCUCUGCCGUUGUUUCGCUGGCUGUCGACUUCUCGAGCACCACCAGCUAACGGCGAGACAACAAAUAUGGAGGUCGAUUCGAAUCCUUCCAUGUCAAUACUAUUUUGCGUACCCGAGGCAUUGUUACCUCCGUCUUCCCCGCCUGCGUUGCCGCGGCCGAGCUCAACUGCCAAUUCGCAAUGUGCUGUUGCUGGGUGCUCGCAAGAGCGCAAAUAUCGAGCGGUCGGCAGAGAAUGGGGUGUGGGGGCGUGCGGCAUACUGCAUUUGAAGUUGUUGGAGACAAAGGUGUAG